AUGGGCGCAGACAGUGAUGCAGUUCCGUCUGUUUCAUGGCGUAAGGUCCUGUAUGAGCGCCAGCCAUUCCCCGACAACUAUGUGGACCGCCGCUUCUUGGAGGAGCUGCGACGCAACAUCCGUGUACGCCACUACCGCUACUGGAGUGUGGUUCGGGAAGCUGGGCUUGUCUCUCAGCAGCUCUCAUGUGUUGCACUUUUUCUAACCCUGUGGUCCUACAUGGAUGGAGGAUAUGUGAGUGCAUCAACACUGCUCUGGUGUGGCCUAGGCUGCUCAGUACUGGGUUACACACUUCACGAGGCUUUGGGGAUUGGAAACAAAGGAAAGCGAACACGCUGUGCUGACCUGCAGAGUGCUGCUAUCUUCCUGGCCUUCACCUUUGGCUUCUCACCCGUGCUCAAAACGCUGACCGAGUCUGUGAGUACAGACACAGUGUACGCCAUGACCGCAGUCAUGCUCAUGGCACAUCUGGUGUCAUUUCCCUACACACAGCCAAGUCUGUCGGGUAGCCUUUCUCUCAAUGCUGCCCUCUUUGCCUCAGUUUGCCUGGCAUCGCGCCUGCCUGGUACCCUGCACACCUUUGCCAUGAUGUGCUGUGCCCUGUUAAUUUUUGCUUUGUGGCCCUGCCUACUGCAGCGACUGAGGCUCAAGGCUGAGUGGACUUUUCCGUGUGCAGCCGGGCUGGUGUGUGUGGGUGGGGUGGUAGGUGUUGGUACUCUGUGGCCUGUAGGAGCUCUUCUUCUACUUGGAGCACUAGUAGUGCUCACACUGGUGUGCCCACUGCUGCUGGUUCGCCUACAGAGACACAAGGACAAUAUCCACGGCCCGUGGGAUGAAGCUGAGAUCAGAGAGGACCUGUCCCGCUUUCUGAGUUGACAAAUUCCACAGUAUAAACACGGUUUAUAUACAACGAUCAACCAUAACAUAAAAAUCACUCCUUGUUUCUACACACUAUGUCCAUUUUAUUAGCUCCAC